AACAGUCUGACAACAUUGUAGCGGACCGACAGCAACGUUUUGUUGCGUUCUGCUGUUAAAGCCGGAACAGAAAAACGCUAUUUAAUCACAUUUUAGAAAUAGAAUCAGUUUUUAAUUUUGAAGUGAGAAUCUGACAAUUUCAUACAUCAGAAUAGAGUUUGAUAGUCAGCAUGCCACCUGCUGUGGAAACAUUGCCAGUGUCUGGUGAAGUAAAUGUGCCCGAGAACGCUUCUACCAAGCCUACUGUCGGCAUCAUUUACCCACCUCCUGAAGUCAGAAAUAUUGUGGACAAGACAGCCAGCUUUGUAGCCAGAAAUGGGUUGGAGUUUGAAGCACGGAUUAGGAAAAAUGAACAGAACAACCCAAAAUUCAACUUUCUUAAUACUGGAGAUCCGUAUCAUGCAUACUACCAAUACAAAGUUAAGGAUAUCAGAGAAGGAAAGCUUGCAGAAGGUGCACCCGCAGCAGCUCCUGCAGCACCUGUCCCAGGCCCACCAGGAAAACCACCACCAUCAGCCCCUACAUCAGCACCAGCUUCGUUGGCACAGCAGCAGAAACAGCAAGAAAUUUUGAAGCAAUUCCAGCAAGAAGCCCCUGUAAUCCCAAAAGAGCCACCUCCAGAGUUUGAAUUCAUUGUUGAUCCUCCAUCGAUUUCAGCCAUGGAAUUAGACAUUGUGAAACUCACUGCCCAAUUUGUAGCUAGGAAUGGUCGCCAGUUCCUCACAAGUCUGAUGAAUCGUGAGGCCAGAAAUUAUCAGUUUGACUUUCUGCGUCCUCAGCACUCGCUUUUUCAAUAUUUCACUCGUCUUCUAGAACAGUACACCAAAGUUCUUAUCCCACCGAAAGACUUGAUGACCCGUUUGAACGAGGGUUGCACCAAUACUAGCGUUGUCUUACAAGAAGUCAAACGACGAGCCGACUGGCAACGUCAUCAAGAGGCUCAGAAACGCCGAGAAGAAGAAGAAGCUGAGAGGGAACGCGUGUCAUAUGCACAAAUUGAUUGGCACGACUUUGUAGUCGUCGAAUCAGUGGACUAUCAACCAUUCGAAAUUGGUAAUUUCCCUCCUCCCACAACCCCAGAGGAGGUCGGAGCUCGUAUUCUUCUCCAAGAGCGCUACGAAGAAGGACAAGAUGUUGAGAUGCAGCUGGAGAGUGAAGAGGAAGACGACGAUGAAGAAGACGAUUCAGACACGGAACAAACAAAGCCACCUCCACCACCAGGCGCACCGCCGUCUCAAACCAUCAAGGGAGAUGGACUACAGCCUCCCCCAGUGGCUCCUUCUGCCGAAAACGUCAUCGUGCGUAAAGACUACAAUCCCAAGGCUGUGGCAAAACCACAAGCCCGGCCGCCUGCUCCAGACGAGUACCUCAUCUCACCCAUUACUGGAGAGCGAAUUCCGGCUAGCCAAGUGGCUGAGCACAUGCGUAUCGGUUUGCUGGAUCCGCGUUGGUUGGAGCAACGCGAUCGACAAAUGCAAGAAAAGAUGACUCAAGAGUCUGUGUACGCGCCCGGAUCAGCCAUCGAAAACAGCUUGCGAGCAUUGGCUGAACGCCGUACAGAUAUUUUCGGUGUCGGUGACGAAGAGACAGCCAUCGGUAAAAAGAUUGGUGAAGAAGAGCGUCGCAAAGACGAGACCAAAUGGGAAGGACAACAACCGCCUGCACCGCCACCAUCAGGUGGAGAGGGAGGAUCAACGUUCCAACCCCGACCUGGUCCGCCUGCUGGCCUGGUUACCAUACAAGAGCAGAUUGCGCAGAUCCACAAGAACAAGGCGCUCAUGACUGGCAUGAGCGAGGAAGAAGAUGGGCUAGGAUCUAAUGGCGUUGUAGCAGCAGCGCCACCUAAACCUCCACAACAAUUAAUGAGCAUUCCACCAAGACCACCGGUCAUGAUGUCUGCUCCGCAGCCGCCACCCAUGAUGAUGAUGUCCAUCCCUCAGCCGCCAAUGCCAAUGCCCAUGGUCCCCCAGAAUUCUUUCAUGACGCAGAUGCCUCAGUCUAUGGGCAUGAUGCAGCAGCAGGGUCAGGGUGGUCGAGAUGUCAUGGAGGAGGAGCCUCCUUCUAAACGACAGCGCAACGAGGAUCAACUUAUGCCUGAGGAAGCCUUUUUGGUCAGAUAUCCCGGUCUGCUCCACUUCCAUAUUGGUGCACCAGUUUACGCCGAAAAACCCGAGUGGAGAUUGCAAGGCCAGCAGCUCAGCUUUUCCUUGUUGCCCACGGAACCAAUCUCCGUUGUUAAGCAGAAGAUUAGUGAAGCGACAGGAAUGCCGCCGGCCAAGCAAAAGCUCUUUUGGGAGGGGCUCUACUUCAAGGACAAUCAUUCUCUGGCAUUUUACAAUGUUACCCCCGAUGCUGUUGUCCAGCUUCAGGUGAAGGAACGAGGUGGUCGUAAGAAGUAAAAAAAUUCUGGAAAAUCCUAAACCAUCAAAAAACCUCAUUUACAUCAGUACGGACCUUGGGGGAUAAUUACGUAAUCGGAAAGAAUUUUAGAACCAUUUUGUCUCUCCCUCUGCUACACUGUCAUCGAUUCCUUCCUGGUCUCAGAAAUGGAAAUAUAUUCAACUUUUCUCAUUUCUCCAUUUA